AUGUUCGCGUCUUCUCUCGGGCAGUUUUCGUCUUCGCUUCAUCUCGGGCGCACUUCUUCGUCUUUGUCGUCGUCGUCUUCGUCAAAAGUCGGUCUCGUUUUUGCCGCGAAUAACAGCAACGACGACGUUAAUAAAGACAACAACACCUCCGACGACGAAUCGAUUGCCGCCAUCGAGCGUCGCUUAAAGAACUCCAAGAACAAAGUCAAACUGACCAGUAAAGAGAAGCAAGAGCGAGAUUCUGGGUUUCCGAAGACGAACGAUGCGAAGAAAGGUCGUCCGGCGACGUUGUUCGACGAUUUAGGGAUGAAACGAUCGUUCCCCACACCCGGGGCGAACGGGAUGUUGAGCAUGUGGGAGGGAGAUCCGGAGAAUUGGGAGAAGAUGGAACCUUUGAAAAAACUGUGGGUGGUGUGGUCAGGGGAGAAAGGAUGGAUGUAUUGGAUGAACCAAGGGAGCUUAUACGGCGCGGCGUUUAUCGCGUUCUUGUGGGUGUGUUUUAGAUUCAUCGGGCCGAUUUUGGGAUUGUACGAAUUGAAGUAA